CGAAAAACACGGAAGUUACCUCGAAAGCGCCAAAAAUCGAAAUACUAGACGUGAAAUAGUUAGCUACUUGUUUGCUCUGUAGUCAACAACACAAUAUCAGGAACAAUGACGGAGAACACUUUCCCCGUGUAUAAAGUGGACGCCAUCGUAACCUUUUUCCGCACUGAGGUCCUUACCGGGCAGGAGGCAAAACAUUUCACUAAGAACGACCUUGCCCCGAGCCCAAAGCCAGAUGCAGUACAGAGACUGUACAUGAGAAUACUGCAACUCCUGUACCGCUUCAAGCCUGAGUGUCAUUACAUGGUCCCAUUCUCUGAAAACAUCCAGCACCCCCAGCUCCAUGAGUGGCCCACUGCUGUUAUGAGUGUCUACCUGAGGAUGCGUCAGUUCCUGCGGAUGUGCUAUGUGUAUGACUUCUCACUGAACGACCUGCUGGCUCCCACUGCCAAACUAACCCUGAUUCAGAUGACCAUCCUACCCAGGCUAGAGUACGGAGACAUAAUUUAUAGAUCGGCAGAGGUGAAAAGGACGGUGACCAUCCUGAGUGGCAUCAUGAACUACCUUCACUUCAGGAAGCAGAGGCUUGAUAUGACUAUGGGACACCAGGAGAGAUUUAGAGAAGACAUGGACAAGCUUCAGGCUUACUCACGAGGAACUAAAGACGCUCAGAAGAAAAUGGACAAGCUGACUACCAUCCCCCCAGAGCAGCAGGCUGAAGCGAGGGAAUUGGACUCUGCUCUGUCUGACCUGCAGACCAACACCAUGCACCAAUACCAGGAAGUGAAUGCUAUCAAUGAGAAUAUUGCAGAGUGGAAAACGGAGAUGGCAGAGAAGUCCCAAAAAUUGACCCAGUUGAAGGUUGACGUGGCCACUCUAAAGGAGAACAUUGGUAAGCUAAAGUCUCAGAUCGUUGAGUCUCCUGAAGAGAUGAAGAUUCAGAUGGAGAAGAUGAAGGAAAACGUGAAGAACAUCAAGCUGGCCAUCGAGACAGCAGACGAGCGUCUGGUAGGGCUGCAGAGUAAUGUCCAGGGUGUGACUCACAGCGAGGCUGACAUCCAGCUGAUAUUUAAACUACUGCAGGACCUCCAGAGCUCCAUGAACAAGACCCAACAGCACCAGGAAGAGGUCCAGGCUCUGGUGUGUAUGUAUGAGGCACAGCAGAAGGAACUGAAGAACCAUGGUGUGGAGGAGGGCCAGCUGAAGAGAUCUUUAGGGAUGAAGAUGGACAAGGAGUCCAAACAACAUAUACGACGACAGAAGAAGAAGGAGAUUAAGGAUCAAUACAUUGAGGAUGUACUGGGUCAGUGUGACAAUGUUCACCAGAAGAGGGAGCAGAUAGCGGACCAGAUCCAGGAGAGAGACAGAGAUUCUCAACACCUCCGCAGUCAGAUGACCAACCUGAGGGACACCUGCAGUCAGGAGACUGAGAAAGCACAGGACCUGUUUGAUCGUCUGCUGGCAGCUCUGGAUCACUUCCAUAAACGCAUACAGAACCACGUCGUCGAGGGCAACAACGACAUCGUCAAGAUGACUGCUAACUUCUAACCCAGUGUCGUUGACUCCUCUCCAAAUCUCUGUCAUUAGUUUAGCUCUGCUAACUUCUAACCCAGUGUAGUUGACUCCUCUCCACACGUCAUUAGUUUAGCUCUGCUAACUUCUAACCCAGUGUAGUUGACUCCUCUCCAUGUCUUAUUUUGGUAACAUAAAAACUUGCAACUUUUAUUUGUGAAUAAAAAUAUCUAUUCUCACUCUG